AUGUCCAGCGCGAUCGCGAUGGGAAUACAAGAUAUAUUAGCGAUCGCGCCGCGAUAUGCGGGGUUUAAUAGCGAUCACGCCGCGCCUGAGGAGUUGACUUGGCGAUCGCGACGCGAAUAUAAGAUUUCAUCGCGAUCGCGAAGCGAUUUUUAUAAAUUAAUUUUCUCCAGAAAGGUGAAAGGAACUGAUCGACCACGAGCUCAGUGGUAUUGGAAAUCGAGUUAUGAUCCAUGGACAAGAAGUGGAAAAGAAGAAUGGACAAAAUAUUCUGAUAUCGAAUCCGAGAUUAUCGAAGAAGCAUUUAAUGGGAAAAGUAAAACAGAACUAGUUGAACUAGAUAAUUAUUGGCUCAACCUCAAGGAUUCCAUUCAAAUCAGUAAAUUGGAUCAAAAUGAACAACGGCCGAUAAAGAGAGUUUUAAUUAAGAGAAAUGAAAAUGAAGGUUUAAGAGAACAAAGAUUCUUUCUUCCACAACCACUGAAACCAUUCAAUCACGAUCGCUGUUGCGAUCGUGA